AUGUCUCCCGCACGCAAGGCUCUCAUCAGCAUCACUUCGGCCCACGCCAAGCUCUUCCAAGGCAAAGAAACCACCGGUCUCUUCAUCAGCGAAGCUCUCCACCCUUUCAAUGUCCUCAAAGCCGCCGGCUUCGAAGUUGACCUUGCCUCCGAGACUGGAACCUAUACUCCCGACUGGCUCUCCCAGCAGCCCGACUUCCUCAACGGCGAUGACCUGAAGACAUGGGAAGAUACCACCAGCGACUUCCGCCAGAAGCUCGAUAACAUGCCCAAGGCUGCAGAUGUCGAUGGCUCCCAGUAUGGCAUUUUCUAUGCUUCUGCCGGCCAUGCGGCCUUGAUCGAUUAUCCCAAGGCAAAAAACUUGCAGAAAAUCGCCGAGCAAGUCUGGGCUAAUGGCGGGGUUGUUGCUUCUGUUUGUCACGGACCUGCUAUUUUUGCAAAUAUCCUUGAUAACGCUACUGGCGAGCCUAUCAUCAAGGGGAAGCGGAUUACUGGCUUUACCUCUGAGGCUGAAAACACCAUGGGUAUUAUGCAGGACUUGCGGAGUUGGGAUUCGGAGAUGGUGGAGGAGCUUGCUGACAGGCUUGGUGCGAAAUAUGAACGCUCCGCUGGAAUCUGGGAUGAUUAUGUUGUCGUUGAUGGCCGUCUUGUCAGCGGCCAGAAUCCCGCCAGUGCGGCAUCAACUGCCAAGGCUGCAGUGGAAGUCUUUGAGAAACUGUAA